AAUACGAGGUGCAGAUGACGCUACUAUGCGUAGCCAUUGUAAGAACGGAGAGCCAAUCGUGUAACGUGUUAGAGUUGUUUCCAUAGGAGUCCAUUUCUAAACUUAUUUUUGAUUGGCCGGAAACAAAUUCCCAUCUUAUACCGGGCCACCCGCCAUAACGAACAUAGCGUGGUACGAGCGAUUGUGUUUGAAUGAACGUGGUGCAGUUUAAUUGACAAAAUUCGUUGAUCAGUGUUGAUAUUCGCGUAGCAUUUGAAGUGUAGACGUGCUUACUGCAUAUUCGUGGACUUAUGGUGACAAUUUGAAGAUAUGGAAGUUGCGCAAAAGCUGCAUUUUGAUUCGUUCGACAUCGAAGACGAGGAGUUGAACAUCAGCUGUCGCACGAACAGCUCGGGUUGUGAUGUCGAGGAUGUUUUGGACUCUUCAGCCGAGGAGUUUGGAUGUUCACCACUUCCUCAACCAAGGAAACUAUCCUUCAGUAACGUCAUGGAUUGCAGUGAUAGUGAAUCUAAUCAACCCGUUCCAAGUAACAUCAACAAAACCCCAGCCACAACAAUGACAGGUUCUAUGGGAAUCAGGAUUCCUCAUCGUGAAGGUGGACCACCAUCAAAGAUGUCAAUGGCAUGCAGUCCACCUUACAAACGCGUCAGGGCACUUCGUCUAUUUGAUUCUCCUGCUACUCCGAAAACGAUAAUAGAAAAGAGUGUAAUGCAUACUCCUUUACCUUCCAAAUGCACUAGACUGUUUCCUUUAGACAAACCUAGGGCUGUGCCAUCAUGUUAUCCAAGUAAAUCUGAUAAACCUGCAGCUAAUGUUAAUCCAUUUACACCAAAUGGAAUGUUAUUAACUGCUAGGAAGAGGACUAGAUCCAAGCGCAGUCUUAACAGUUCCCCGGACAUUCGGAUACCGACGUUCGACCUUGUCGAUUCCGAAGAUUCGGACAAUGAGGUGGAACAUCCCACGAAACGUGUCGCACUACAGGAAUCAAAUAUACCAAGAUACCAUCAGGAAUUUCAUGAGCUUGGAUUAAUAGGUACAGGUGAAUUUGGAUCCGUUUACAAGUGUAUUAAUCGAUUGGAUGGCUGCAUUUAUGCCAUCAAGAAGAGUAUCAAACCUGUUGCUGGGAGCGUCAACGAGAAGAAUGCACUGAACGAGGUAUACGCGCACGCUGUGCUCGGCAAGCACCAGCACGUUGUGCGUUAUUAUUCCGCCUGGGCAGAAGAUAAUCAUAUGAUCAUACAAAAUGAAUACUGCAACGGUGGUAGUCUCGCGGAUGCUAUAUCCAAUCUCGAGGUCGAGAAGAGACAUUUCUCCGAGGCUGAGAUUCGUCAAUUAUUACUACACGUUGCAGAAGGUUUGAGGUACAUUCACAGUAUGCAACUCGUGCACAUGGACAUCAAACCCGGGAACAUCUUUAUCUCAAAGGAAAAGAGAUUAUUGGCGGUGAAUUACGAUUCUGCGGAUGAUGGAUUCGACGAGGAGGAGACUGUCGAGGAAGAGAUCACGUAUAAAAUCGGAGACCUUGGCCACGUUACAUCAAUAAGUAAUCCGCAAGUUGAAGAGGGCGACUGCAGAUACCUACCGACUGAGAUUUUGCAUGAAGAUUUUACUCAUCUGCCUAAAGCAGACAUUUUUGCACUUGGUUUAACGGUUUACGAAGCAGGAGGCGGUGGUCCUUUGCCUAAAAAUGGACCUGAAUGGCAUGACAUCAGAAAUGGAAAUCUGAAGGAAUUGUCACAGUAUAGUCGAGAUCUCAACGAACUGCUUAAGGCAAUGAUUCAUCCAAAUCCGGAAAUGAGGCCAUCUGCAGUAUGCCUCAUUCAGCAUCGAGUUUUGUGUCCUUUCGGUAACAAGACAAAAGCUCAGCUACGUCGGGAGCUGAAUGCCGAAAAGCUCAAGAACGAAAUCCUAUCAAAGCAACUCCAAGAAGCAGCUAAGUGCUUGAAAACGAUUGCACCAAAUAUGGCGGCCAUCAAUGGCACAUUGAAUCCCGGGGGCUAUAAAUUAAGACCUACACCUACAAGAACCUCAUCACGAGCCAUAGGCAAAAAAGUUAACCGUAGCAAUAGCACAACAAACUUUUGACAGUCAUACCUCAGAUUUGCUUUGGGGAAUGACAGGAAACAAAGUGCUUAAGAAGGUGUGGUACCAUAUCGGUGCCUUGAUAUUGUGAUAUCCAAUUAAUCCUAGUUUAUAAGAGUAAUUUCAAUGAAUUUUCAUAUAAAAUCGUAUGCAGGGUUAAAAUUUCACGUAUUUUGUUGAGACGAGAAUGAGAUGUGGUGCUAACUCUAAUAACGCAUUAUAUCUUCUCUUGUAAUUCGCAAAACAUAUAACUCUGUUUUCUUUACUCCUUUAUUUACAACAUUUAAGUACUUGUUACGGUAGCUACAAAAAGUUUUCUUUUGUUCUUGUUGAAAUCGUGUGGCACCUUUCUUAUUAAGGGUUUUUUUUAUCCAAACACCAGAUUUCUUGGUCAUAGUCAUGGUAAAUUUAGCGUAGCAAGUAUUGCAUGAUUGCUAAAUAUUUUUUUUUCAGAUUUGCUAAGGAUCGAAGAUUCUGUUGUAUCAAUGUUCUGCCGUGUUAUGUCUUGUGAAAUUUGUCAUAUAUGAAGCAACUGCUUGACAAGCAAAAUGUUACAGGAAUCGGCAUCCUUUUUUAUUUUUUUAUUUUACGUAUAUACAUGAGCACUAGUACUUUCUACAAAUGAUUGGCCUGCUGUGCCAAUGCAUCUUGGCGUGUUGUAUUAACGUGGUUUCCUUAUACUAAUACUCAUUUAGCAUUAUCAUUGUGCCAAAGGUAAUUUCACAAAGCACGUACGACAUAUUUGUGUAUUUAAAAGUUUUCUAUAGUUAGAAAAUUAUGUCAAGUUGAUUCAACAUUAGCUGCUUAUCGUUGUUCCAAAUAAUUAGUUUCAGUGUACAUAACAAUGAUACACGCUUAAAUAGCCAAAUAUACAUUGUGUCUUGAAUAAUGGCAUACUACAUAUUUUGCAGAGUUAAUGCGAAAAAGAGUAAAAUCAUUUACUGCUAAUGCGUUUUGAGAGUUACAGGAAGAAGUACGAAGCAUCGAGGUUUAUGAAAAAAAAAAAUUGAAUCAAAAUUUUUCAUUCGAUGAAUGUGGUGAAAUAAGCUCACAAUUUUACAUGAGCUUCUUCACUCAAUGUAUCUUUUUCUUUAUAAUAGAGCAGUUGCCCAAAUCUUAAUAUUAUUUACAGUUACUGAAAUAACGCAACUUUUAUUAUUAUUAGCGUACACUUCAAAUGCCUCUAUUAUUAGAAUUUUUCAAAGACCACGAAAUAUUGGUGUUAAUAAUUUGAACGUUUCUCAGCCGAGAAUAGGAGCUUGUUAACUAUUUCAUUAUGUUAUGAUUGUUUUUGGCUUCUCAUAUACGAUUUCAUGAUUGUUGCCACAACUGGAUGCCCAAUGGAAUUUGAGGUCAUUGCGAACAUUAAGACUGCUCCCUUCUUUUUUUUUUAAAUAGAUUUUUAAGAUUACUAUUUUUACGUAUGAAGGUACGAACAUAUAAUGCGGUAUCAGUCUUUUUUAAAGAUUCUGUUGAUACAUACCCUUAGAAACAUCACACGUUUCCACUACGCAGAGUAAUAAUUACUGCGAUACAUAGUAGAGGCGUAAAAUUUCUCGUUGGACAAUUAGCUAAUUAGCUUUUAUGACACUGACUCUAAAAUAAUAUUUUUUUUGCAUCAGCUCGUCCUAGAUGUAAAAUUUAAGCAUUAAACAUUACGCUGCAUUUUGACUCUGCAUACAGUAAAAAUUCCAGACAAAAUCGAUAGCUUAGAAAUCGCUAGUGGCUCGAGCACGGUACUUCUCGUAAUUAACGAAAAAGAAAAAAAAUUAACGAAUCUAAAUUAUUUUAUAACACUUUUUUAAUGGUCUCAUCAUUUACAGCAUGCCCUGGAAUUCCUAUUAACCACGUAUUAUUAUAUCGUCCUAUAUUAUAUAUAUAUAGAAUAAAUAUCGAUGUAUAUUGAUUAGAAAAUAAAUUACGUUUCUUUUUUUUUCUCUAGUUGUACCAGAGUUACUAAUUAGAAGUUUCGUUAUUGCUUAAUGAUAUCGUAAUCUUUGUAGAAGCGCGACUCUUUAAUUAUCAUAACGUGAACUGUGUAGCGGUCCAGAGGUCCGUAAAUAAUUGUUAUCAGUUUUAA